CAUCUCAUCGGAGCGUAGACAACAUCUCAACUUCAUUCAGCUCAAGCUCGGAUUCGGACUUAUAAAAGCAUCUUCCGAUUCUAGUGAAUCUAGUGAAUCAACUUCAAGUUCAAGAUCCCAGGAAUCUGCGAAACCCACAAAGGCGACCAAGCCAAAGUCCAACUCGAAAAGCAAAGAAAAAUUAGCAAACAAAUCAUCUUCAUCUUCCUCGUCAUCGUCAUCGUCGUCAUCCUCCAGUUCAGAUUCCGAUUCUGACUUGAACACCCAAAUCAAGGAUAUACUUGCAGCAAAGAAGCCGGUACCAUCUGAGCAUUCCGAUUCCAGUUCCUCUGGCUCAGGCUCUGAAUCUGACGACGAAUCCAGUGAUUCUGCCUCACAGAAGGCGAAAUCGGUUAAAAAGAAACUGGUCAAAAUUAGGGCAAGUGAAAAGCAUUCCAGCCAAACUCUUUCGUCCACCAGCUCCUCCGAUUCUACUUCCGAUUCUGAUAGCAGCCAAGUCUUGAGUAAAAAAAUUGGGAAGGCCCCUGUAGCGGCGAAGCUUGCAUCGAAGAAAAUUGGGAAGAGCGAAUCGUCUGACUCCCCCAGCUCAGAAUCCGACUCGUCGUCUCUCGGGGGACAAAGGAAACCCUCCGUUGAAGUAAAGUCCGUCAAUGGGGGUGAGCAAGAUACCUACCAAGUCACGAAGAAGCGGAGAACUGGAGAUGAUGGCACGGCUGUUACGACUGCAACCACCGCCGACUUUGCCACUACCACCAAGGGGGAAAAAAGCCUGAAUUCGACUGGAUUUAUCAAAGGCGCUAAUAGCAAUAAGAAAAAUGGGCCGAACGAGCGCUUCAUGAGGGUAAGACCUGAAACCGUGGCCAUGAACAACAACUUUGUGGACAAUCGGUACGAAGCCAAGGCAGGGCCCAGUAAUGAUUAUGGUUCGCGAGCUCAUUCUGAUCUUAUCGUUACUCGCGGGGCUGGUUUCCGAAAGGAGAAGAACAAAAAAAAGAGAGGGAGCUAUAGAGGAGGCGAGAUAACGAUGGAAAGUCAUAGCUUCAAGUUUUCUUAAUUGGUAUGGUAAAACUUUAGUGGAUCCAUCCUGACCGAAGUAAGGCAACGAAGGGAUCGAAGCCCCGUCGUAGAGCUCAGAACUGAGUGACAGGGCGGCAAGGAAUCGCUCUCCCUACAAAUUUUAUGUGCAGAUGUCUGUUAAAUCGCGUUCAAGGUUCUAAUGAAUUUAACAACAAUCCAAUCUACGGAAACUUUUUCCUCC